AUGGUCGACGGGCCUGAUAAACGGUACGGGGUUGUCCUGGAUGCUGGCUCAUCUGGGACAAGAGUAUACAUCUACCGGUGGCUCUCUAACUCGGUCGCUCGACUUGAUCAUCCCUCCCUGCACGCGCUACCAGAAUUGGAGACAAAGGACAAAUGGACGAAAAAAGUGCACCCGGGUGUGUCGACCUUUGACAAAACACCGGACUCAGUCGGCCCAGAUCACUUGAAACUCCUACUCGAACACGCUCUCAAAUAUAUCCCUGAAGAUGCAGUCCCUAACACGCCUGUUUUCCUGCUUGCCACGGCUGGCAUGCGCCUUCUCCCUGACCAAGAACAGAAGAACCUUUUGCGAAACAUUUGCUCCUAUAUACGAUCCGAAACGAAAUUCUUAAUACCAGACUGCGAUGUUCAUGUACAAGUAAUUUCUGGGGAGACAGAAGGAUUGUAUGGGUGGAUUGCUGCAAAUUAUCUGCUUGGAGGAUUUGACUCGCCCGAAGACCACGAUCAUGGCAAGGGACACCAUACAUACGGCUUUCUGGACAUGGGCGGCGCGUCCGCUCAGAUUGCUUUUGCACCGAAUGCCACAGAAGCAGAGAAACACGCCAACGAUCUCACCCUACUACGGCUUCGCACAAUCAACGGCAUGCCGCAAGAGUAUAAGGUCUUCGUUACAACAUGGCUUGGUUUCGGCGCGAAUGAGGCACGACGGAGGUAUGUGGAGGACCUCGAGGAAUCCUACGCAAUUGAUGGUGUCCUAGAGGUUCCAGAUCCAUGUUUACCCACCGGACUGCGACUAAACUUCGAUGGAACCAUCAUAUCAGACGACGGUCCUUCGCUCUCGAACCAUUAUCUACGGGGAGUCGGGAAAUUUGAUGAAUGUCUCAGACGAACAUUUCCCUUGCUCGAGAAGGAUAUCCCCUGCCCAGACGAGCCGUGCUUGAUUCAUGGUGUCCACGUCCCUGCCAUCGACUUCGAAGUCAAUCACUUUAUUGGCGUGAGCGAGUACUGGCACACUACUCAUGAGAUUUUUGAGAUGGCCCACAAGGAUAAAGCAUAUGACUUCAACACCUAUCAGAAAAGAGUCAAGGAAUUCUGCGAGCAAGACUGGUCCGAUAUUCAAAAGGGUGUCGAGGACAAAAUGUGGGGCAAUAAAGUCGACGAAAAGAGCGCACUGGAAGUUUGUUUCAAGGCUAGUUGGCUAAUUAAUAUGCUUCAUGAUGGUAUUGGAAUUCCCAGAGUCGGACUCGAAGACACCGAUGUCUCGUCGCAAAAUGACACGAAAGAAGUUCUGGAGAGUGCAAAAGGAAAAGGAUUUCUCGAUGCUUUCCAGGCCGUGAACAAAAUCAAGUCCACGGAGGUCAGCUGGACAAUGGGCAAAAUGCUCCUAUAUGCAUCCGCGGAGAUUCCACCGGCCUCUGAUGGAGAUUUACCUGUCGGAUUUGGCAGCAACAUGCUGGGCAUACCCGAAGACUUCCAGUAUCCUGGUGGAGGCUUACUCCAAGCCGCUCCAGGUAACCACUCCGAACCACCUGCCACCGACCUACAAGAGACUGCUGGUAGUAGUGACGGAAACGGCCAAAGCAUAACCGACCACAUUCACGACACUCUCUUCAAUUCUGAUGCCCCACACCGCCUCCCCGGAUUCAUUUUCUUUCUCCUCAUCCUGAUCAUCGCGGCCUUUUACCUCUGCGGCCGCGAACGACGGUCUAGGAUAUACCUUUCCCUUCGACCAUCAUCGUCCUCUACAUUCCCGCCCUCAUCGACUCCGAAACUCAGGACGCCGUUCAAUUUUCUCCAUGCCCUCCUUAAUCGUCGCAAGGGCGGCGUCUUGCACCUCGACAGAGAUCGUGACCUAGAGGAUGGAACUUCACAGCAGCUCUAUGACCCGAACGAUUUUGAGCUGGACAACAUGUCCGACGAUGACAUCGCGGCCCUGGAGCCUGACGUUGCUUUUCUCAAGUCAACCCCUUCCAGGCCGACGUCCCAGGGCAGGAACUCGCCUUUCCAGAACAAGCGCCACGGCGCGGAAAGAUUGAGGCCGCUGAAUUCAAUUGACCGCGCGGGAUUGGUGGUGAGGACCGAGAGUCGCGAGAGCCUGGCGGGCGGAGAUGCGAGUGUCAAUGGACGGUCCAAGAGUAGGAGUGGGAGCCCAACCAGGAUAAUGUGA